AUAAGGGAGAAAAAGAAAAGUACCAGCAAACCCGACCCGACUGCAUCACUCGCCGCCCCGCCUAGCCGUCCGCCUCGGUGGUCUCGCCGGCUCUCCUUCCUUCCUCGUCAGGUCGCCGUUUUCUCCUCUACUCUCUGUAUGUGGCUGGAACAAUUAAAUUCCAUAGUUAUGGAGGUGCAGAGCUGCAAAGCUCGUCCUCCGGCAGCUGAAAGUUGUUCGGCUCUGAACAUGGUAGAGGGGCUGGAUCUGCAAGAGGAUGAUGAAGAAACCAACGAGGUUUUUGAAGAUGGAGAAGACUACAAUUUUCAACUCGAAGGAGAAAUGGACCCCCUGUCUUUCGUUGAGGGCGAAGACACCUCGCGUGUGCCACUCUACGAGGUGUUCCAGCAGAUUGAGGACCAGUACAAGGCAUUGGCUAUGAAGAAACGCCCGGCUUCACAUCACAACGAGAGUGAAACACCAGCUAAGAGAUUGAGACAAGAGGAGGAGAAUGCUGGAGCGACCCGCGAGGAAAUUGAGGAGGCUAUGAACUUUGGUGUUGGGAAGAGGAGGAGGAGGUCGAGGAAGGAGAGGCGAAGAGGAAGGAGGAAGGGAACAAAGAAUAAACUGAACCCUGAAGUGACUAGAAAACUUGGUGAUGCUACACUUCAUUAUGCAAUGGGUAACUUUGACAAGGCCAUUUGUCUGCUGCAUGAAGUAAUUCGUCUUGCCCCAAAUCUGUCGGAUCCAUAUCAUACACUUGGUCUGAUAUAUUCUGCUACGGAUGAUAAUAAGAGAGCAAUGAUUUUCUACAUGAUUGCUGCACAUUUGAAUCCGAAGGAUGCUUCUUUGUGGAAACUUCUUUUUGCAAAAUCAAUGGAGCACAAGGACAAAAAACAGGCUUAUUACUGCCUCAACAAAGCAAUAAUAGCAGAUCCAGAAGAUAUUUAUCUUCAAUUACUCCGUGCUUUGUACCAUGAUGGAAACGAAGAGUAUCAAAAAGCAGCUGAGUCCUAUGAACAUAUUGCUCGCCUCUGCCCCGAUAACAUUAAAGAUCUGCAGAGAGCGGCAGAGCUGAACCAAAAAUGCAAACAACAUGAGCGAGCUGUUAGUAUGCUGGAGGAAAGUCUCAAGCAUCAUAAGGAUGAUGCUUAUAUAGGUGUAGUUAAUCUCUUGGUGCCAGUUCUGAUGGAGAACAAUAACUAUGCCAGAGCUCUCGAGCAUAUUGAACACGCACAAAAGGUGUGUACUGCUGGAAAACAGAUGCCACUAGAUUUAAUAACAAAAACUGGAAUAUGCCACAUUCAUCUUGGUCAUAAGGAGAAAGCAGAGGCUUGCUUUAAUAUUUUGAAACAAGAGGCUGCAGCAAAUAAUCCUCGCUUAAUCAUCAAUGUCGCAGACUCACUCAUGAGCGUCGGGCAUCCUGAGUCUGCAUUAACGUAUUAUUUGUUGUUAGAGGAAGACUCAGAGAAGUAUGAUGUAUGGGAUGAAGAAAAGUAUCCAGGCUACCUACACUUGCAAAUUGCGACGUGUUAUGUUUCUCUAAAGCAAAGAGGACAAGCAAUUGAAUAUUAUAAUAAAGCUAUUCGUAAACUCCAUGAUAGUGUUGAUGCACGGAUGACUUUAUCAUCUAUGCUUCUUGAAGAAGGCAGAGAUGAUGAAGCAAUUUCUGUGCUUUCUCCUCCAGUAGAAUCAGAUCCCGACUCAAAAUUAGACACACAGAAGUUGUGGCACCAUAGUGGAAAGAUCAAGUUAAAGCUUUCUCAGAUCUAUAAAUCUAAAGGGUUGGUUGAGGCUUUUGUAGACGUGCUUUUACCAGUAAUUCGUGAGACGUUGCUUGUCGAACAAAACCAACGGAAGGCCAGAUCCCGUCCACGGCUGACUGGUAGUGUUCUUUCACAAAGGACAGAAGUUCUGAAAGAUUCCAACUCCGACAGAGUGCAUAUUGGACUUCCUCCAUUAGCUUCUUCUGCAGCUCUUUCCAAAGCUGCCAGAGCAAAAAAGGUGCUCCAGAAAAGGGCUGCACUCAAGGAAGCAAAACAAGCUGAAGCAUUGGCUGUUGGAUGUGAUUAUAACAGUGAUGAUUCAGACGAUGAAUCUCAGCAAGUGUCUAUGGAGUCUCCUUUGCCAGGCUUUCUGAAUGAAGAGAGGAAUCAUAUGUUGAUUGUAGAUUUAUGCAAGUCAUCAUUAUCUUCAUUGAGAAGGUGUUCGAGUGCACUAGAGAUUGUACAAAUCAGCUUAAAACUAGAGGCAUUACCUGUUCAAAUAAAGAAGGAGCUUCGGACUAUUGGAGCUCAAGCUUUGAUUGCUGGUCCUGCACACGGGUGGGAUUUAGUACGUGACUUUGUUAGUCGAGACCCUUACAGUUUUUCUGCUUGGAAUCACUGCUACAAAGUAAUACUCAGAAUGAAUAACAAACUCCUUCAUUCCAUGAGAGUGAAACACAGAGAUUCUGUACCACCUAUUCUUAUUACUGGCCACCAGUUUACUAUGGUCAGUCAGCAUCAAACUGCUGCUCGAGAAUACUUGCAAGCCUAUAAACUGAUGCCUGACAAUCCCUUGAUCAACCUUUGUGGAGGAACCGCCUUGAUAAAUUUGUCCCUUGGCCUCCGACUUCAAAACAAGCACCAGACUUUCUUACAAGGGCUCGCGUUCCUCUAUAACAACUUGCACCUUUGUGGAGACAGUCAGGAGGCAUUGUACAACAUUGCUCGGGCGUACCAUCAUGUUGGCCUUGUUUCCUUGGCUGCUCAAUACUACGAGAAGGCACUGGCUACCCGCGAAAAGGAUUAUCCCAUUCCAACGCUCCCAUAUGAAAAUCAAAAUGCAACCAAGAUCAAAUUGCCAGGCUAUUGUGAUCUUCGUCGCGAAGCAGCUUACAAUCUUCACCUGAUAUAUAAGCAAAGUGGGGCAUUUGAUCUUGCUAGACAGGUCUUGAAAGAUCAUCUUGUGUUAUGAUAUAUUCACACAUGUAUAGUUUAAUUUCGUAUAGUUUUUAUGGGCUGAAACUAGGAUAGAACAAAACAAACUAUGCGCUUGUUUGGUAGAGAUGUUGAGAUAACAUAAUAUUAUUAAGUUAGGGUGGGCUUUAAGUUUGGAAUUAAGAUACAAAUUCAGAUAAGAAUUUAGUGUUAUUGGUUGGUAGGUUGGAUAAAAAAUCGAGAUAAAUAAUUAAAGUGUUUGAUAGACUAGACUAAUUCAUAGAUUAGAUCUGCAAUGAUAUUUUUGCCCUUAUAAUUGUAUGAUUUUAUUAUUUAAUGUUUUUUCUUAAAUGUA